CGCAUUUUAUCAAACGUCAAGGCCAGCUUCCGAGCUGUCAUGCUAUGAGAAGCAUUGCUGUACGUGGGCUCAGGCAAGUGCGAUGUUUGGCUCGCUUCGGAAGAAGAAGCGAUCGGCGAGCAACGCCUCGUCCUCCUCUGCCGCGUCCCUUCGCGAGCAGUCGCCAUCGCAGUCGGACAAGGUGAAGGAGCAGGGUCCAAAGAGAGCCUCUCUCUUCUCCUUUCCCUUGUCGCCCUCGCCCUCACCCUCGUCGGUCAAGGGAAGAAAGGGGCAGCACUCAUCGCCACACCCAUUGCCUUUCGCACGAUCCACCGCUACGUCGAUGGUUGAUGCCCAUGGCUCCGAGACUUUUCCUUCGUCGCUUUCCUUCCAAGAGGCGACCACCACUCCCACCGGCUCCUCCUCGUCACCCCUUUCGGCGUCCACUUCGCUGGCGAACGCCCAGCAACGCGACCAGCAAUUCCGCCAUCCCAGUCUGAUCAUGCAACCGUCUUCUUCGAAGCCGGGUGGCAGUACGCCAUCGCCUCGCACUCGGAUCUCAUCGCUGCCAAGUCUCAUGAAAACGAGCGCAGUUCAAGCUUCAUCAACGACGAUUUCGGCCGCAGCGGCCGUGGCAGAGCCUAGCUCGAGGAAUGCUGCUGCUGUUCAGACUGAGAUGGACGGUGGCAGCUCGCCUUCGUUGAAGAGUGCCACAACCCCCGAUGAGAACGAUGCUCGAACGCUCCUCUCCCAUCUCAACGCCACUGGUGCCAGUGGGCAGGACAGCCCAUAUCGAAAGAGAUCACCGCGCGGCGCCAAUGCAGACUCGCUCUCAAACGGCUCCACCACAAAGUCUGUCAGUGGCGGCUUCCACAGCGACACUCUUCCGUCGCCAACGACAAGGUCGUCCUUCCCACCUGGACAUAAGAUUUCCUCCAUCGAAGAACGGCCGUCUGAUAGAGCGAGGGCAUCGUCGGAUAGAGUCGCAGCUGAAUUCGACAAAGUCGUUGCGGACAAGACUGAGGAAGACAACGUCGAUACUAGCAGGGCCCAGAUUGGGAAACGUGUAGAAGGACAAGCCACCAUCCUGCAGCCCAAUGGCCCAGAGAUUGAAGCAUCCAAAGAGGCUGAUAAGGCCUCUGAUUCCCUCCCAGCCACAGACGGUAGUGCGAAAAAGGGCGAUUGGAGCGACAUGGCAUCUUCGAUGGCGAAAAUCGACGCCUUGUCGGUGCCUAUAUUUGACUAUGAAGUCCGCCGUUCCCGCCGCCGCGGGCAGGAAAACCAAGAGAUGAAGCUGGCUGUCCCGCUGUUGUCUAUCAAGGAAUCCUCCACGGUGCAAGCCAGGCUCACCGUCGGCCUCGCCUUUGAGCGUGUCGCACGUCUGUCCUUUCCCGAUCUCGGUGGCGGCAAUUCCAAGAGGCGUGCUCUGAUUGAGGCCAAGGAGCCACCUAAGACGACGGGAAGCGAGACAGCGCGAGGGCAAGACAUCGAUGGUACCUGGUCUUUUGUCUAUGCCAUUGUCGAACGCCAUUCACUUCGACCUCAACCCUCGUCGGCUGCCGCGUCAAGCGGCGAGAAGCCAGCCAAGGGCAGCGUCGCGCUCAUCGCCGUCGAGAUCGUCAGGCUGGCCGUGCCAGAGAUCUUUGGCGCCAGAAGGGCGGCCUAUUGGGCCAUCGAACGGAGCGCCAGCCUGGGAACCCCGCUCAUCAAUCUCUUUGGUUCUUGAUCUUGAUCGCCGGCGCCUUGUGUAAACUUGGGCUUUUUUUUCUUUUAAUUCCCUCUCCCUUUCUUCCUUUUCCUUCUUGUGUCUAUCAACAAACAAUGUAUAUUAUCUUCAAUCUCUCCUUGGAACGGCGACAAUC